AUGAGUUUAAAACGUAAGUUUUUGUCAAUUUCUGACAAGAAAAGAUUAAUUGAAGCAGUCGAAAGUGGCAAAAAGAAAAAAGAUAAAGAAGCGAUUUUUAAUAAAACUGACGCAGAAGGUAGCCGAAAAAAGAACCGACCAAGCGAGUUUCCCCAUUUAGAACAGUGUUUGUUCACUUGGUUCAAUCAAGUUAGGCAGCAAAACAUUCCAGUGAGUGGUAUAUUAAUCAAGGAAAAAGCCAAAAGUUUUGCUGAAAUAUUAGAUAUCUCAGAUUUUACUGCUAGUGAUGGCUGGUUAUCUAAUUUUAAAAAGCGUCAUAACUUGGUGUUCAGAAAAAUUUGUGGAGAAAGUGCAAGCGUCGAUAAUGGUAUCU